CGCGCGACCCGCAGAAGUACAAACUGUAGUUUAAAGAUGGCGCUACCCGGUGCUUUACUCGUGCGGCUCAGAGCGCUGUGUAACGUCGCGAAAUGCGUCCACGCGGGGGGCGAAGCGGCGUCACGUCGCGGCGGAGGAGUGCGCUGGUACGGGACGAAAGCGCGGAGCUUCGAGGAAAGCGGGACGUCGCAUUUACGAGAUAACGUGAGCCCGAACCUCCUGAAGGAGUUUCCAGACCCUAAAGGUCUCUUGAAUAACACUAUCUCCCGUUCGCUGGGAGUCAGCGACCUCUCCCAGCUCAUCCAGUACAGCUGCACGGAAGAUGACGGCGUCAAGAAAGCCACCGUCACUCUGCUGUGGCCCUGCAAGAUGGAAGAGGAGGGUUUUGCCUCCAGGAAGAUCGACGCGGAGCGAUUCGCUGCGGCCGCUGCUUGUUUCAAGCUCAGAGAAAUGGGUGUCAUUGGUCAAGAAAAUCAGCUCCCAACGAGGAGAGCUGGCCGGGCGAGAGGAGGGGUACAAACGCAACUCUAUGAUAACGAGGAAGGGUCCUGGACAGAAAACGUCCUCGCUCCUAAAGUGAAAGCGGAUGAACCAAAAGCGGGCGCGCCUCCCCAAGAAGACGCCCACCCCCCCACCGUCUCCAACGCCCUCACCCUGUUUCCGCAAGCUAAAUCCCUCCUCACCAGGGUCAUCCAGGUGGCCACGUCGACCAACAGAAUCAGGGAGCUAAUUCAGUACAAAGUAACGGGAGGAAAGCUGAAGAAGUGCGACCUGAAGCUGCACUGGCCGGAGGAGAUGACGUUCUCCGCCACAGCGAGAAACCGAUUGACGGCGGAGAGGACGGCGGCGGCUCUCGCCUGCAUGAAACUGAAGGAGCUGCAGCUGCUGGACAACGCCAACAACCCGCUGACUCACGCCAACUACCACCGAGAGCAGGUGAGGGAGGCUGGAGAGCGAGAGAAACGCCCCCUCCCCCUGGAAGUCCCAGAAUACCUGGAGAAGCACAUGAGGGAGUACCUCGCACAGUACCCAGUGGCGACCGAAGUACAGAAGCUCUGGGAGGACGAAGAGGCCAGAGGACAGCAGGCGGUGAACCAGGAUGAUGAGGAGGAUGAAGAGGACUUGACGGACGCCGUCACAGGCCGGCCGUACAGACCUCUGUCUGUAUCCGAGGCCCGGCAGCUCAGCGCCCACCUGCAGGAGAAAUGGGAGUCGGCGAGCCCCGGGCUGAGUGUGGUGCUCCCGGUGGACGCCCACCGUGAGCGUGUGAUCUCUCAGGUGCAGUCGUCCAGGGUGGUUGUGAUCGACGGUGAGACGGGGUGCGGCAAAACCACGCGGAUCCCUCGCUUCCUGCUGGAGGAGGGCGUGAGAGACGGCGAGGGGGCCACGUGCAACGUCCUGGUGACACAGCCUCGCCGGAUAAGCGCCGUGUCGGUGGCCCAUCGCGUGGCUCAUGAGAUGGGUCCAGCUCUGAAAAGCUCUGUGGGAUAUCAGGUGAGACUGGAGAGCCGACCACCCGAGCAGAGCGGAGGAGCGUUACUCUUCCUCACGGUGGGCAUCCUGCUGAGGAAGCUGCAGUCGAACCCGUCCCUGAAGGGAAUCAGCCAUGUGGUGGUGGAUGAGGUCCACGAGAGGGACAUCAACACGGACCUGCUGCUGGCGCUGCUGCGCUCCAGCUUGAAGGAGAACCCCGACCUGCGGGUGGUGCUUAUGAGCGCCACCGGGGACAAGCAGAGGCUGUCCGACUACUUUGGGGGAUGCCCGAUUGUCAAGGUGCCCGGAUUCAUGCACCCGGUGAAGGACCGAUACCUGGAGGAUGUGCUGAGGGAGAUGGGGCGCCCGCUGCCGGUCCCGAAGAGACUGGAGACGGUCAAGCAGGGAGGAAGAGUCGACGUCACACCAGAUGCAGAUUUCGUAGCGGAUGUAAUCGAGCACAUUGACAGAUGUGGCGAGCCAGGUGCAGUGUUGUGUUUCCUCCCCGGGUGGCAGGACAUCAAGGCUGUUCAAGAGAAACUGCAGGCGAAGCGACACUUUUCCUCCGGCUCACAGAUGAUCUUGCCGCUGCACUCUAGUUUAUCAGUAUUAGACCAGCAGGCGGUGUUCCAGCACCCCCAAGAGGGCCAGAGGAAGAUUGUCCUCGCCACUAACAUCGCAGAGACCUCCAUCACCAUAGAUGACAUCGUCCAUGUGGUGGAUGCGGGAACUCACAAAGAACACAAUUAUGACCCGCGGACCAAGGUCUCGUGUCUGGACACGGUUUGGAUAUCUCACUCUAAUGUCACUCAAAGAAAAGGGAGAGCGGGCCGAUGUCAGCCGGGACAGUCCUACCACCUGUUCCCUCGAAAGCAGCUGGACUCCAUGACUACCUUCCCCAUCCCGGAGAUCCUGCGCACGCCGCUGGAGAAUUUAGUCGUGCAAGCCAAAAUCCACAGUCCUGACUGCAAGGCUGUAGAUUUCUUAUCCCAAGUGUUGGACAGUCCCGAGCAAGAAGCUGUGAGAGAUGCGGUUAGAAAUCUGCAAGACAUCGGAGUCUUGGACAAGACGGAAACCCUGACGCCUUUAGGAGAGCGCGUCUCCUGCAUGUCGUGCGACCCUCGUCUGGGCAAAGUGCUGGUCCUGAGCGCCAUGUUCAGAUGUGUCCUGCCCAUGCUGUCGGUGGCCGCCUGUCUCACCAAAGACCCGUUUUACAACAGCAUGCAGAAUAGAGGCCUCGUUAACAAGGCGAAGGAGGCUCUGAGCCGCUCCAGCUCCAGCGACUAUUUGGUGUUUAUCAGAGCCGUGUUGGGCUGGAGGAGACUUCAGCACGAGGGGGACCGAGAGGAGCGGGACGACUAUCUGUACCGGCACACUCUGUCCAAGUUCAGCCUGCGAUUCAUCAACGGUCUCAUCUCUCAGUUCAGCGAGAACCUGAAUGAAGCCGAGGUGGUGACUCGUGCCAGUGAGUGCCAGCGUGCCACGUCGCUCUACAACGAGCACAGCAACCAGGACGAGCUGCUGAAGGCUGUGCUGCUGGCGGGACUCUACCCCAACCUCAUCCAGGUGAAGAAAGGUGUCGUGACCAAAGGACGCUUUCGCCCUAACAGCAUGUUUUUCCGCACACUCAAUGGGCCCGUAAUGCUUCACCGCGCCUCCGUGAACAGGGGGAAGCCAGAGCUGCCGAGUCGCUGGUUGACCUUCUUCAGCGCUAUCCAGUCCAACGGAAACGUUUUCAUCCGAGACUCGUCCACGGUCCAUCCGCUCGCCCUGCUGCUGCUCACAGACUGCGAUAUCACAGAGACGGUGAAGGGAGACCGGGUGGAAGUGUCGCUUCCUGGACGCUCCAUGGUGCGCUGCGAGUUGUCGGUGGAGACCUGGGAGCUGCUGUGGGAGCUCCGCACGUCCAUUCAGACCAUGCUGUACCGCAACCUCAACCAUCCCAGCAACGCCAUCGCCAACUCUUCUCAAGACGGGAAGCUCAUCUCCUUAUUCGUGGAGCUGCUCAACAAUACGGACUCCAACCCGUCGGCUCAGAGCAGCGACAGCGAGGUGGAUUGAUGACGCCGAGCUCUUUGUGCAAAGAGGUUGAAUGCAUCUCAUGUGUUUGUUUUCUUUUUAAAGGAAGAAAGCUUGAGUACUUUGGUCAAUACUUGACUUGAAGAGCAGAAGAGCGGUUUGUCUGCGCCAGUUACUGUUGAAGUAAAUGAUGAACUCCUGUUAGGUGGGAGGCAAUCCGUCUCUUUGGACUGUGCUUUGCUGCAUUUGUAUCCGCUUUCUGAAAAGCAGAAGUUUAAUUUUACUCAGAAACGUUCCCGUCAUUGGCUAAAGGUCAUUAAAUCAGACCGCAUAUAAUAGAUUAUGUCAUAUUUAUUGCAAUAAAUAAUCACAUGCCAACAUG